UCUCACUCUACACACACACAAUAUAUAUAUACACACACACACACACACGGGGGUUGCUGGCGAAAACCAGUCACACCACAUCAUCUUCGAAAAAAAUCCUGGAUCGGCAAAAUCCCUCUCUUAAAACUUAAAUCUCUGAAACCCAAACAACUGAAACGUUCAUAUCGCUAGAACCCAAAAUCGUCUUCAUGCACUACCAUUUCUUUGCCUAACAUAAAAUUAAGUAAAGGUGGAUCGGAGACAUGGAAAGCGCCCGCUUCAACACGAAGCAUCGGAGGAGAAAGCGAAAGAAGAAGAUCAAAACCAGUAUAAUAACUUCCCUUCUUGGUCUGAAUCUGACGUGUCCGCCAUGGUUUCAGCUCUCACUCAAGUCAUCGGAACCGCCGGCGCGCACAACCAACCUGCGCCUCAAUCAUCAUCGUCCGGCAAACGAGAAAUACCUCAAUCAUGUCCAGAUCAAUCAAUGAGGAGGCAUUAUAGAGGAGUAAGACAAAGACCAUGGGGCAAAUGGGCAGCUGAGAUUCGUGAUCCUAAGAAGGCAGCCCGAGUUUGGCUAGGGACUUUCGAGACGGCGGAAGACGCUGCCCUUGCCUACGAUAGGGCAGCCCUAAAGUUUAAGGGCAACAAAGCUAAGCUGAAUUUUCCCGAACUCGUUCAAGCUGGUAAUACUGAGCUCACCGCUUUCACACCAGUCGCUGAUAUUACUACUACAGCUACUACUACAGUCAUGGCUAACCAAAACCCAGUUGAUGUAGCAGAUUCUCAGGAGCCAUGGUCACAGGUUUCUUACCAGCAAGAUUUGCUUCGUUAUGCACAGCUACUCACCGGUGACGUUGAUUUGUCAUAUUACACUUCAAAUAUCAUGGCUGAUCAACCUCUUCCUCCACAUCUAUCUUCAUCAUCAUCAUCAUCGCAGCACCAAAAUCAGGAUCAGCAGGGAAAGAGCUUUGACGAUGACAACCCAGCUGGUCACUAG